AUGAUGGCAGCAUCGAUUUCGCAACAGGCUGAGCUCAUUUGGUCACAAAUACAACCAAGCCCAGUCAGUUCAGGGCAUAGUGAGGGAGCUCUCGUCCAGUUCGCGCAGUUUGACAACACUGGCGUCAGGAUCAGACUGAUCCGAGCCCACACCAGGACAAUCCGCUUCUUCGCAAUAUCACACGUGUGGGGAGACAUAGCGUGGAGGACGGUGCGAUGCUGUAGUAACGAGAUCCUGACUUCUGCUAGCAAAGCGAGAUUCAUCGAUGAACGGCUCUUUGGCUUAGUAGGAGAAACUCCCUUCUGGAUGGACACUGUGACAGUCAAUCAGCGGGACCAAGCCGAGGUCAUCAGUACCGUUCAAGCUAUACCUGACAUAUUCAAGGACGCCGAGAAGACUAUUGCGAUCACGGAGGGAGAUGGCUUCGAGCCAUGUUGUGCCACAGCGGUGCAUGGGUUCAAGAAAUGGGAAGAAUUCGAUGAUCGUUUGAAGCCACACUUCGUCGAAUCACAUGGCAUGAGGAGCAGGUCGGACUCUUAUCUUAGACGCCUAUGGACAUUGCAAGAAGUGAUCUUGUCCCACACGAUCCAUUUUGUGGCAAUGCCGCAAGAAUGGUUACCACAGCCGGCCGAGACCGAUUCGAGCGAUCUGCUUCUGUAUGGAGAAGGCUGGCUGCGAGUCAGAGAUGCUCUCAACAGUCUAUCGAGCGCGUUCGCACAGCGAUCGACUGGUGUUGACAACUCACGUGGAAGCAGCCCAGAGUCGGAAGCGCGCUCCGUCGACUUCAUCCGAGCAUAUAUCGAAGGAGGGAUGGUGUCUUCGACAAAAGUCUUGACAAGAAAUUUCAGCGAGGAUAUAUUUUCAGAUUCCUUUACCAGCUUUUUCUGGGCUUCCGAACGCAUCGCUACGAAGGCACGGGACUAUGUCUUUGCUACUAUGCCGCAGUUCCCCUGGUAUCGUUACCCACCGACUGCCGAGAGCAUGACCUUCAGUCACAUCUUCUCUGAUCUGGCGCAGAAAGCGAGUCGUGCCGGCCAUCCAUUCACUUCGAGAUUCUUGGAAGGUAUGACGGGCUGCAGCGUCGAUGGGAAUGUUUUGAGAAACCUUUGGAAACCAAGCAAUACACAGCCAGAGUCUGAGUGCCUUGGAGACUUUGUCAAGCUGCUCGGCUACCGCGUAGACGAUUGUCUCGAGGAUCAAACGACUCCGGUGCAUUUCGCGGCCUUUGCCAUCGUGAACGUAUGGCCGUCCCGGUGGGGAGCAUCCGGCAGGAGCUGUCUUGAUGUCAUCAGAAGCGCUAUCAGCUUCUCAAGCGACCUAUGGACCAUGAGCCAUCGCGUUGGCGAGCUCUCGAAAUACGGCUCAAAUGUCAAUCUUGGUGACCUUCAGCCCUUUGCAUGGAACGACGUUGUGCAAUGGAGAUGCAUCAUACGCCGGCAGCCAGUUUCAGAAGCCGCCAUUUUCCUGGCCGUCCCUAGCCUCACAAAAGUCCUUGACCUGCUGCUGGGUGCGGUCGACGAACAUCAAAUCAAUAAGCCAAUGCAGGGAGACUGGGCACUCUUUGAACAGCAAAUGCUCGAUGCUUGGCACCCGCAAAUGCAGCAAGCAUUGCUCUUGAUGACUGCUAUGAUAAGCUGCAGGGUGCCUCUGUCUGCGUUCAAGUGGAUGUACAAGAGAUUCUGGCCUGUCACGCUCGCGCUCCUAGAUGGCACAACGUGCAUCGGGAUGGUUGCCUGGCGCUACGUCUUCCGAUUCGCGACGAUGACUUCGCAACUUCAAUUUGGUUCCCACACUCGCCGUGGGGCGGCGGUGAUGAUUGCUGCCCAGCAUCAUUCUGAUGCACGACUUAAAGGUAAGGACCUUGCGCUAGUCGAUCCGUAUACCAAGAUACCCAUUGGUCUGCUGCCAGACUUUACUCGGCAUUUUCACGACGGCACAAGCAAGGGCCUACAUGCGUUGACGACGGGCUUGACGAAGCUGUAUGGAAACCUCGUUACCCAUACUCCAGAUGGUGGAUUCUCCAUCAUAGAGUGCCCUCCUCUGGAAAAGGUUAAUAUUCCGCUGUCUGCAAGAAAGAUGGUAAACUAA